AUUAAAUGGAAAAUAAGGAACAUCCGUUUAAGAUCAGCCUCCAUCAAAUAGAUAGUAUUGAAUUUGUGGAAGAGGCAGACAUCCCUCAGAUCCAAGGCAACUUGCAGAAUUCUGAUUCUUCAUCUGGAUCAUUUGACUUGGUUAGAGAUCUGAGCGAAGUCCCUGAUACUUUUCUUGGGAUAAUAGACAAAGGGAUAGAGGAUAUCUCUACUCAAGCAGUGGCUCCUCCAGAGCCAACCUUAGACCCAAGUUUCGGUAAAUAUGUAAAAUACAAGCAUUUCAAUAAGGUAUUCAAAGAGAAUUGUUCUUUAAGCCAGGAGAUUAAUACUUUGAAGUAACAAUAUUACUAAGAUGAGCACUGAAAACAAAACGUUGACUAAAUAAUAUUGCAGUUAUGAAAUCAUCCAUCACUACUACUGAUAAUUCAGCAGAGCAUCAAGCUCGGAUCUCUGCUUGAACAGAUGCGAUUAAGAGGACGCAAAAAGAUUUGAAGAAGACUGAGAAAGAUCUCAAUGCACAAAUAAAAAAUUUCGAAGAAAAAUCUCUUCAAAUUAGGUGCCUUUAUCAGAAAAUUAAAUAAGGAAGUCUUCUCGAAUACUGACUUAGCAGAGGUAAGACUCCUUCCUGAGGGAAGGAGGGUUCUAAAACUUUUGGAUUCAAUGGAGGAUGUGAUGGCCAAAGAUUAUCAUUAUGCUGUAAAACUUGCUCAUGAUCCUCAAGAAGAUAAUCAAGAUACCGAAAAAGAAAUAGCAAGUAUAAUCCAUGCAAGAGAGAAGUUAACGAUGACCGAAUAUCAAAUUAAAAACUCUCACUGGACUUUAGGAAGAUUGAUGACAUGGAAAGAAAGGUUAGAAUUUGGGAAACAGUUAAAAUCAAUGAACUUUGGGACAGAGCUUAUUGACCAAGGGAACUUUUCAAACACUUCUAUAAAACCGAAGAAAGGAAAAUAAGAAAAAUGCAACUAGAUCAUUAACGAAAAGGGCUUCAAUGAAGACAAUGCCUCAGAAAAACAUGACGGAAAAUUCAAGUAAAAAACUGUUGCCAACGAUAUUAAAGAAAAGCAAUAAAGCGAAGGAAAAGUCUAAAUUCAGAAGAGUGCAGUCAGCCUUCAUCUCAAGGAAGAAAUAGAUACUGGAAGGGAAUAUCUAAAAUGGGAUAA